GGCAGGAACCAGACCACACAGAUGGCGGAGAAACCACCGGAGAAGGCGGCGGAAAAGCUGACGGAGGUCAAAACGAGGCCGGAGACGAAGAAUAUGAAACUAAUGGUGGCCAUGGACGACAGCGAGAACAGCUUCUACGCUCUCCAGUGGGCCAUCGACCAUUUCUCCGGCCUCAUUCCGGCGGAGGAUACGGCCGAACAAGGGAUUCUCGCGGUGGUUCAUGUUCAGCAACCCUUCCAUCACUUCUCUUUUCCGGCGGGACCCGGCGGCGCCGCCGCGGCGGUGUACAUAUCGUCGUCGACAAUGGAGGCAGUGAGAAAAACCCAACGAGAGAUGUCGGCUGCUCUGUUUGCUCGCGUACUCCAAAUGUGCCGAGGGAAGAAGAUAAAUGUCAAAACAGCAGCGCUCGAGGGCGACCCGAAAGAUAUGAUAUGUCAAGCCAUCGAGGAAAUGCACGUUCAGCUUCUGGUCGUCGGCAGUCGCGGCCUUGGCAAGAUCAAAAGAGCGUUUCUGGGGAGCGUUAGCGACUACUGUGCUCACCAUGCAAAGUGCUCCGUUCUCAUCGUGAAACCACCCACGGAUGUGGCCAAGUAGCUAGUCAAGUUCUCAGUGUAAAUAACAACAGGUAUAUUCUCCGUAUAUCUGGUCCCAAUAUACAAUAAAAGGUGAAGAAAUACAUCAGGAACAGGCAAAUGGCGGAAAAUCUAUGAUUUGGGGUAUCGAUGAUAGACAACAAUGCCCAAAACAUGUGAAAAUCUUGACUUCGCCUAUUAAAUAUAGGGGUGGGUACUGAUUUAGUUCUGGAUGUCUAAACCCAAUCCAUGAGGUUCGGUUCUAAUUUAGUACAUUGUUUUGUAAAACCGAAUAAACCGUUUCUGCAUAAAUAUUAAACCGGACUCGAUCAAUAAA